CCGGUCUUCUCCAAAUGCACCGGCCGCAAGAAGGCGCUCUGCAUCGGGAUCAACUACACCGGCCAGCACAAUGCGCUACACGGAUGCGUGAACGACGCGAAGAACGUGCGCAAAUUCCUGAUGAAGCAGUGGAAAUUCAAGCCGGAGGAUAUCUUCCUCCUGACGGACGACGCGGCGCACCGGCACCAGCAGCCGACGCGCGCGAACAUCAUCGACGCGAUGCACUGGCUCGUGCGGGAUGCGUGUCCGCACGACUCGCUCGUGUUCCACUAUUCGGGACAUGGUGGCCAGACGAGAGACCUUGACGGCGAUGAGGUGGAUGGCCUCGACGAAGUAAUAUUCCCGGUGGACUACAAGCACGCAGGCCACAUCGUUGAUGACGAAAUGCACUUGAUUAUGGUGAAGGACCUGCCGAAUGGCUGUCGGCUAACGGUAUGUCCAUUCGGGGUAGAGAUGUAG